AUGAUACCGUCAAAGGAUCGUGUGGGAAGCUCGGUGGCGAUCUGGAAUCUUUAUGGUACCCAGGAUAUCCAGAUACAACCUCAUGUCGAUCCGAGAUCUGGUGAAAAGAGCAAUCCCGAUGCUGUCGAGCCCAAAGCAGGAAAGGCUGAUUCGAUAGUGAUUAACACCGGGGACGAGGGAAACUCCCAUCAUUCGAUCGCUAAUACCAGUGAGGCCGAAGGCAUCACUUCUGUGGAAGGGCCCAAUGCGGCCAAGGUCAGCGUAAGCAAUGCUCCUGACUCGGUGCGAGAGGUGGUGGAGGAGGAAGUUCAACCGACGGCUGCAGACGGUCGGUUCAAGAAGGAGGGCUCUGAUGAUCUGGAGAGGGUGGCAUCAGCAUCAAGGGUCGAUGAUGGGACUGGCCCUGAGAAGAGCUCAGAGAGUGGUAAUGAGAUGGGCAUCUCCCCUUCAACCGGGCGGAUGAACUCGCGGGAAGGGGAUGGACCGACCGAGAUUAUUGUGAACAACGAGUCUAGUGGGGAGGGAGCUAUGAGUAAGUCUCAUUGA